CAAGACUGGAAGUACAGGAUUUGUAUGUGCAGCUGUGGAUAUAUACUUCCAGUUUCGGAAUUCACACGGAUUAUAAAAGAACCAGAGAUUCUUCGUACAUAUACUCCCUAAUCCACCCAGACACCCAGACUUUCUAGCUGCGGGAGCUCUAAAACGCUGCAGCAAUGCCUGCCCCAGGUGUGUGCAUGAAAACCAUCAGAUCGCGUCACUUGAAAGCCGGUUAUGGGACCGUCACCAACCCUGAGAAGUUCCUCAACCAAGACUACCAUCAGCUGAAACAGUACUGCCGCACCAGACGGUUUAGGUUCAUUGACGACAUGUUUCCACCUGACAAAUAUUCAAUUGGAGGAGAAGCUCUGACGUCUUCUGACCUGGCCCAAGUGGUGUGGCUGAGACCAGCGAAAAUCGUUUCCAAUCCGUCUUUUGUCGUUGACGGAGUCUCCAGGUUUGACUUUGGUCAAGGCUCAGUUGGAAACUGUUGGUUUCUGGCAUCUAUCGGAGCUCUGACCUUCCAAAAGGACAUCUUUGGGCAAGUUGUUCCUCUUGAGCAAAACUUUGAUGAGGACUACUGUGGGCUGUUCCACUUCAGGUUCUGGAGAUUUGGAAGAUGGGUGGAUGUUGUCAUUGAUGACAAGCUCCCAACAAUCAAUGGGAGACUAGUCUUUGUCCACUCCAAGGACCCAACUGAGUUCUGGCCUGCCUUGCUGGAGAAAGCUUAUGCCAAGGUGUGUGGUUCCUACUCAGAUAUGCAAGGUGGAACUCCAGCCGAGGCUAUGGUGGACUUCACUGGCGGGGUUCACAUUUGUAUCCAGCUGUCAGACCCUCCCCAAAACCUGUGGGAUAUGAUGCGCAGAGCUGGCAAAACCACGUCACUGAUGGGUUGUGGUACACCACAAGGCGAAACACCUGAAAACAAUGUACUACCAAAUGGACUAGUCCAAGGCCAUGCCUACACUGUCACUGGGGUGAAAGAGAUGAAGAGCCAAGGGCAGCUGGUAAAUCUGGUGCGCUUGUUUAACCCCUGGGGCAAAGUAGAGUGGAAGGGAGACUGGAGUGAUAGGUCACGCCUCUGGCAAACUGUAAACUCUCAAAAUCGAGACCAAUGCUUGUUAAAGCGCCACAAUGGAGAAUUUUGGAUGACUCUGCAAGACUUCUGCAAGAACUACACAGAUCUUGACAUCUGCUGCCUGUGUCCUGACUUCCUCGAUGAGGGCUCCUCUUGCCACUGGAAGACUUCCCUUUAUGAGGGCAGAUGGGUUGCAGGCACCACUGCCGGAGGCUGCAUGAAUGACCUCGACACCUUCUGGACUAAUCCACAGUACCGGGUCAAGAUUGACAAACUGGCUGCUGAAUGUGCUGAGGCACAGGGUGAUAAUAACAUGCUGGUGUCCCUCAUGCAAAAACCUGACAAGAGGAACAGACGCAUGGUUAAAAACCUCCACAUUGGGUUCUACGUGUUUGAGAUCACUGGAGAGUACAUGGCACAGACUGGAAAAUUCCCAGCCUCUUUUUUCAGGAGAAACAAAUUAGUCGCCCAAACUAAAGUCUUUUUGAACGCACGUGAGGUGAUGGAGCUCAUGGCCCUGGAGCCUGGUGAAUACCUGAUAGUGCCGUCCACUUAUAGACCCAAUGAGACGGCCUCCUUCAUCCUGACCAUCCUCUCCAAAGCAGAGACCCACAUCCAUGAGAAUUCUCAUGGCCAUAUGCAUGAAUGUGUGGAUGGAAAAGAGCCUUUGCAACCAGUGGAACAUAGUGAGAAUGAAAGAAAUGUGAGGACCCUGGAUCGUCAGUUCUCUAACCAGUACACAGAAGUGGACGCAGAGCAGCUCCAGAUACUCCUGAAUGACAAACUCCUGAAAGGAGACUUGAAAUCUGGGGGCUUCAGCAUCGAUGCCUGUCGAAGCAUGGUUGCCCUGAUGGAUACGUCUGUCACAGGCAAACUGAAUUGGGAGGAAUUUAAGCGUCUGUGGGAGAAGGUUGGCAGGUACAAGGACAUUUUCUUCAGUAGUGAUGUUUCACAGGCAGGGACACUGUCACUGAGUCAGCUGGGGAGCGCUAUCACAGCUUCAGGAAAGAGGAUCAGUGAUGAAAUGCUGGAGUUGAUGGCGGUGCGUUACGGCACCUCCUCUGAACACAUAACACUGGAGAGCUUCAUCAACAUGGUCUUCCGCUUAGAGUGCAUGUUCGAAAUCUUCAGCCAGCUGUCUGAUGGGAUGGCUAUAACUCUCAACGAACAACAGUGGCUGUACCUUGCGAUGUACACUUAACCCGACGGAGAAGAUGAACAGCAGGAUUCAGAAGACUGAAGUAAAUUUAACCAAAGGGGUUUGUCAAUCUUUUCAUUAAAAAAAAGACAAAAAAACAAAACAAAAACAAACAAAAAACAUGGGCAGUGGGAAUUGGCAAAAUUUUCUUACCUUGUACAGUAUGUCUUCUCUUUGUUACAAUGAAAUGUAAGAUGGUCGAGAGAGAACAAUUGCCUGGAUCUUAAGAAAACACAUGCAAACAGACAAUACACAAUCAAAUUAAGAGAAAAUCUUUAUCAGUUUGACAACACAUGCUGCAAAAUACAUCCAACACCAGAAAAUACAGACGCUUGGAUGCGUUUUUAUGACUUUUGAUACAUGCCAGUGUUGAUGGAAUAUGUUUGUGUCUUUUUUAACAUUGUGAUUGCAUGAUUUCUGAUUGUGCUUUGAUUAGCUUGUCAGUUCAAACAAUAUGAUGACAUACAGAGUUGGAGACUGAAGUCAAUAAUAUGUUAACAUUUAUUCUGAGCAUUUUAAUCACUUCUUGGGGUACCCUGGGACAUUUCUGUAUGUGCAACACGUUUUUGUAUUUGCAGCAACGUUUUACUUGCUUUUACUCUGUGAAUAUGUGUAUUGUAGACAAAUUAUGCAUUUGUGAGCCAAGGUAACUAAAUCUCAUUUACUAUAUGCACUGAUGUUUUUUUUUUUUUUUUUUGAAUGAGAGUAAAACAAGUCUAGGUCAAAGUUAGCCUGCAUUUAGUUUAUUUGCAUGGGAUCUGCAGUGAGUUAAGCUCUCUUGGCCUCCACAGAAUUAAGAUAAUCCUUUCACUUGUCUCCCUGUUUAGUUAAGACACAGAUUUGAGGAUUGCAUUAAAAUCUGAACAGGACAGAGAACACAAAGCUUGUAUCAUCAUUAUUGUAUCAUCACUAAUCGUGUGUGGUCUUGCACAGAGAGAGAGAGGGAAUAUGGUAUGUGGCCAAAAUACUGCACCUUCUACAUGUUACUCCCUUCAUUGGUGUCCUACCUUCAUCUAAAAUGGAUGAAAGUGUUUUUACUUUACUUUUGUUUUCUGUUCCCUGGCUAGUGCACCACUUAGAUCCACAUUGAGAGCGCAGGCUAUAGUAUCGAUUAGCAUGGAAUUUAUUACGAACAUUCAGUUUGUAAUCAAAUAAAGGCAUUUUUUCAACUUCUUGAA